AUGUUAGAAUUCACAUAAAUGGUAUAACCAGAUGAUCUAUUAUAAUUAUGUUAGGCUGUAUCUACUGCAAGAUAACUAUAAAAUUAUCGAAAGUAUUAAGAUUUAUUUAUUUAUUUAGAGAAAAUUUAUUAUAUUUUGAGUUAAUUGAUAUUAUACGCUCUCCAGAAUUAGUCAAAGCAAUGACAGGUGCUUGGUCAGAAAAGUUUUAUACCUAAUAAAAUGAUAACAAAUAAUUAUAAAAUCAAGAGCAAAUUAAUCAACAAGAACAAAAAUUAAAGAAAGAUUGA